AUGUCCAGGAGGUCAAGUCAAGGCUACAUCGAUCAGAGAAGUCAGGAUACUGUCCCUUACACGGAUGCUGAGGUUACCCACCAGUUUGAUGAUGCUCGGUCAGACGCCAGUGGUUCCAGUAUCGAGGAGGAGUCGGAAGAAGGACUACCGUUUGAUGAUCUAUCCGAUGGGCACUCCGAGCAGAAUGUGGGGGUAGACAAUGAGGGCAACUUGGAAGAAGACGAGGAAGGUGAUUGGGAUGUCGAUGACGAAGAUUGGGAACUAGCGAAUGGAGAUUUCACCAAACAAUAUAAUCGAGUGAGGCAGCAACAUGCUGCAACCACGGGCAAUGCUCCUCUACCCGCUCGGAACGCUCCUUCUCAGUCGUCAUCAUCUAAGAUCGCCAAGAGCAACCCACUUGCCGGCGUUGGAGUCGCAAUGAAUCCGAAAAUCGCUCACGAGAAACAGGAGAAAGAUAAAAGCGAUCGUGCCACUCAGGAUCAGGUGUUGGAUUCUAGAACGAGAUUGGUUUUGGCCGGGCUUGUCAACCGUAAUAUAAUAGGAAAGAUCGAACGAUGUGUGAGCACAGGAAAAGAAGCGAAUGUAUAUUAUGCUCUGCCUGGAGUUGCUGUGAAGAUCUACAGAACAUCGAUUCUCAUUUUCAAAUCGAGGUCAAACUAUAUCAUUGGAGAACAACGUUUCAAGGGAGAAUAUACCUCGUCGAAGAACCCAAGAAAGAUGGUGAGGGUAUGGGCUGAAAAAGAGUUACGAAAUCUACGACGGUUGGUGCAAGGUGGUAUACGCGCACCAAAAGUGUUUGAUUGUAAGGAGAAUGUACUGGUAAUGGAGUUUCUGGGCGAUGGAGAUAAUGCGUCUCCUCGACUGAAAGACGCGGAAAUCGAAGCGGAUCGUUUAGACAUCUUAUAUGCGGAGCUUGUGAUAGCUGUUCGACGGAUGUACCAGCAUUGUCAUCUAGUACACGCGGAUCUGAGCGAGUACAACAUACUACUACAUCAAGGACAUCUGUGGAUCAUCGAUGUAUCUCAAUCAGUAGAGCAUGAUCAUCCCAAAGCAUUCGAUUUUCUCCGAGCCGAUCUUCAAAAUGUAGAAGAUUUCUUCGGACGUCGUGGGGUUAAGUGUCUAGGACUUCGACGGGCAUGGGAAUUCACAGUCACCGAGAACAUUGGGCCCAGCCAUGAGGAAGAAUUGAGUGCCGACGGAGAUGAUAAGCUUGCAGCGAUCGUCACCGAGUGGUUGGGUCAGCCGUCAAACAAGACCGAUGACGCCGUCUUCUUGUCGUCUUAUAUUCCCAGGACUUUAGCGGAAGUGUACGAUCCUGAACGGGAUGUAGAUUUCUUAAAACGUGGAGGUGGUGACGAUCUGAUCUAUGCUGGGAUCACUGGAUUGAAGCUUGCGGACAAGACGGAAGAGAAAGCGCCAAAAGAAGUCAAGGAAGUACGAUUUGAGGAUGACCAAGUGGAGGAGGAGUCCGAGUCAGAAGAUGAGGCGCAAGAUGAACAGCCUCAUAAAUCACGGGGAUUCCGUCAUGAAGACAAAGAUGCUAAAAAGGAGCGUAAGAAGGCUCUCAAAGAGGAAAAUAGAGAGAAAAGGAAGAACAAGAUGCCUAAAGCGGAGAAGCAGCGUCUGAUCAAAAAAUCUCAGAAAUGA